AUGUUGUUAUUUGUUUUGUUGGUUUUUACCUCAGUAGAUUUGACACAGCAGCAUUUGGUUUAUCCAAUCAAUUACUGCAGUUUGGCAUCGGUGUGUGUACACGACAAUCGUAUGGUAUGCGCAGCCACUGAAGAUGGGUGCGGUCGGAAGACAUUCCUCGACCAGUGCGACAUGUAUGAAUAUAACUGUGAUUUCGGUGCACGAUGUGAAGAAGUUGAGGUAGAUGAAAAAAAUACCACUUCUGAUGAAAAUAUUACUAAAGCACCAGUAGAAAAUAACACUCCAUCUGAAAAUAAAACUGAUGAAACACCUGCACGACCUACCAGUGGUAGAACGAAAAGUAUUAAUGAGAUUCCGAGGAAUGAUGAACUUUGUGAGACUAAUCCAAAUUUAAAGAAUAAUUGUGUAAGACCAAAGACAUGGUUGACAACUGUUAAAGGUGAAACUAGAGAUUUCUUUAGAAUUCUGAUAACCUCAACACCCAAAUAA